AUGGCAAGACAAUCAAGUGGUUCACAAAGCCUUAUCCAGGAAGCUCAAGAGAGAAGGAGAGAAUGGACGGAAAGGGAGAGGUCAAAGAGUCAAGAAUCUGAAACUCAUAAAGAUAAAGGUGACGAAUUGGAAGAUAUAAAGAUCAAAUAUGAACUUCAAAACAGGAGUUUAGCCAAAAAUAAUGCUUUAAUGUCAGCAAAAAUCACUGAAAUGGAAAAUAAAAUUAGCGAUUUAAUCAAUGAUAAUGUUUCGUUACGUCUUGUAGGCAGAAAUGACUAUAAAGAAGAUUUGCAAGAGAAAUUAGAUGAGCUUGAAGAUAACAUAUAUAAGAAAGUUGAUGAAAUAUUCGGUAUAUUGCAAGAUUUCAGAAAUAGAGAAGGUCUUAAACAAUCCAGACAUCAUUCUGGUCAUGGAACAAGAACAUCUGUUAGGUUGUCGGAAGAAAUACUUGGAACUCCAACCCCAAUGGCAUUACCAAGCCAGAUUCAAGGGACUAUGAAGACCAAACACUCCAAAACAGAAAAGAGCUUACUAUCACAAGAGAUUUUAGAAGUUUCUGAAGAAUCCAUGGAUAUUGAGUCUUCUACAUCGGAUGAAAAGCAAUCCAAAUCCCCUAAAACUCCAAAAGCACACCAAGAGAAUAAGCUCAAGGAGACCUCUCGUCUUCAGCUUAAUCAAGCUAAAACUAAAACUAAUGAAUUUAACGACACGGAAAAUAAUCAGGAAAACAAAAGGAGAGGUCGAAAAUCAGAUAUCAUGCCCACCAGGAGAUUGUCCAGGAGAAGAAGUGAAAUUGAUUAUGCAGAACCUUCCUUAAAUAAGAAAUUAAGAAGGGACAAAGUGGAAUUGAUAGAUGCUGUUACUGAUGGGAAUUACAAAAGACCUCUGAAGAACGAUAGGGUGGCUUUAGGGGUAAUAGAUACCAAUGUAAACAGGAAAAAAUCGUCCAAAAAAGACGGUGACAUUUUCGACUUAGUAGAUACUCCACCUACCAAUAGAAGAUAUACAAUGACUAAUUAA